CAGCAGAAAACAACUCAAGAAAAAUAAAAAAUAUGUUUUCCCAGUUCAGGCAGAGGUGAUUCCUGCUAUUCUACAGAGUGCAUCCAAUGGGUAUUUGCUGGGGCAGGGAGGAUACCGCCCCAGAGACAUCUGUGUCUCCGCACCUACUGGCAGUGGUAAAACCCUGGCCUUCGUCAUACCCAUAGUCCAGGUUCUGCUAGAUCGAGUAGUUUGCCAAGUACGAGCUCUGGUGGUGCUGCCCACCAAAGAACUGGCACAACAGGUGAGUAAAGUGUUCAACAUUUACACUGAUGGAACAGGUCUGAAGAUUGUUUUGAUUACUGGCCAGAAAUCAUUUGCAAAGGAGCAGGAGAUGCUUGUCCAGAAAAAAGUGACAAGCUACUGCAGCCUGGCUGAUAUUAUUGUGGCUACACCAGGGCGGCUCACAGAUCACAUCAGCCAGACCCCAGGGUUCAGCCUGACGCAGCUUCGCUUCCUGGUCAUAGAUGAGGCUGACCGUAUGAUUGAUGACAUGCACCAGAACUGUUUGAACCAAAUUGUCAAAGCUGCAUUCCGAGUAGAAAAUGACUGUGGCUCCAGCAUGCUUUUUCAGAGGACCAAACCAGGGCCUACAACAGCAGCCAGCUCCUGCUAUCCUCAGAUACCCUUACAGAAACUGCUGUUUUCAGCCACGCUGACCCAGGACCCAGAGAAACUGCAGCAGUUGGACUUAUUCCAGCCUCGCCUCUUCACAUCUGUCUAUUCUGAGAAAAAAACACUCGGAGAUGGAACAGAGACUGAUCAAGAUGCUAAUAAGAAAUACACACUCCCUGAGGGGCUCUCGCAAUGUUACGUGCCAUGUGACCUGAAUUCCAAGCCUUUGCUCCUCUUGCAUUUCAUGCUGACAAUGAAAUUUACCCGUGUGUUGUGCUUUACCAACUCCAGGGAAGCUUCUCACAGAUUGUUCCUGCUGGUUCGAGCCUUUGGUGGAGUCCCUGUAGCUGAAUUUUCUUCUCGGAUACCCCCAAAUGAGAGACAGAGAACCAUAAAGGAGUUUGAACAAGGAAAAAUACAACUGUUAAUCAGCACAGAUGCCACUGCACGAGGGAUUGAUGUUAAAGCAGUGAAUUAUGUUAUAAACUAUGAUGCGCCGCAGUUCAUCAGGACGUAUAUUCACCGAGUUGGAAGAACGGCUCGUGCGGGGAAAAUGGGUGUUGCUUUCAGCUUGGUCCUUAGAAUUCAGGAACGUAGGUUUCUGCAGAUGUUGAAGGAUGCUGGCAUCCGAGAUAUCAAGAAGCACCCAGUGAAGGGCAAUUCAUUAAAGCCAUUGGUGCAGCGAUAUGAGGAAGCUCUGUGUAAGCUUGAGAAGACAGUCAAGAAUGAGCAAGCACAGAAGCGAGCCUGA